AUGUCGGCCGAUGAUUGGAUGCAAGAACUGGACCAAAUGUUGACGAACAUUGAACGCCAGGCGAUGUCUUCACUACGAAAUAUUAGUAACUGUUUCGAACAAUCAGGUCGAUCGUUCCACCAAGCACAUCAGACAUAUUGUCUACAUCGCUCAACUGACAGAUUAAAUGAAGUUUAUUCCAAAUUUGAAUGUGAAUCAUCGUUCAGUAACCGUCAAAGUAGAAGUGUCGCUCCAAUGUCUACCGAUAAUAACAACUCAAAUCCAAUUAUUGAAAUCAGCGAUGAUGAAGAUUCGGAUGAAAGGCCUAGCACCAGUUCGCAACCAUCCAGAGAGAGUGAGAUUACAACCGAGGAUGAUCAUGACGAAAGCAAUGAACAAGCUUCUGUCGGGGAGAUACCCAAUGUGGAAACAAAAGAAGAAGAAGAAGAUUUGGAAAACGAAGAGAUUCCGAUAGUUCGUGUUCCGGCUAAUCAACUGACCCGUGCAUAUAAGAUAGAGUCAGACUGCUCUGAACAUGUCAAAAUCAAAAGUGACGAAGUUCAUAAUAAAGAAAACAUUGAAAAUGAAGCAAAACGUGCACCAUCGAAUUCCUCGAAUAUUUUUGAGAGAAUUGAUGACAACAACGAAACAAAUGUAUGUGAACCAUACGGGAAGAAAACACGAGUGUCCAAGGGAAGGGUUGAUCCGAAAGAUGCAAGCCGCGCAAUCAUUGAUGAAAAUAACGCAAACGAGACAAACAUUUCCGAUGCUGUUGUUGAAGUGAAUGUAGCUGGAAAUGUGAGAAGUGGUCAUGGUCAGUCGACACUUGAUAAGUGGUUUUCUCAAAAAAAUAAAAGUAAUGGAAACAAAGAGAAAUCCAAUAGAAGAAUCGAUUGUCAAACAAAGAAAAAGAAAAUGCAUGUUCAGAGAUCCCACAAAAAAUUAGAAACAAAUUCGAAUAUAUCUAGUAAUAGGAAAAUACAUGCUGGAGAAAAACCAUACCAAUGUGAUCGGUGUAAAAAACGAUUUAGUUGUAAGAAGAGUCUCACUAUGCAUAUGAGAACUCACACUGGAGAGAAACCUUAUCAAUGUGAUCAAUGUAAGAAGCGAUUUAGUCGUAAGGAACAUCUCAAAACGCAUAUGAGAACUCACACCGGAGAAGAACCAUAUCAAUGUGAUCAAUGUAAAAAGCGAUUUAGUCAAAGUGGCCAUCUCACUAUGCAUAUUCGAACUCACACUGGAAUAAAACCACAUCAAUGUGACCAAUGGUGUCACCGUGGAUUUUCACAAAAUAUUGAAAAAGAAGCACAUGAAAGGGAGUGUAAGCGACGUCGAUAUGAGUGCUAUCUUUGCAACAGAGAUGACAAUGAGAAAAAAUUUGUUACUGUUGGAAAGACUCUCCUGCAAACACAUAUGAGAAUACAUACUGGAGAAAAACCAUACCAAUGUGAUCAGUGUAAGAAGCGAUUUAAUCAAAAGUGUAGACUUACUACGCAUAUGAAGACUCAUAAUUUGUCAUAA